UCCACAAAGAGUUAGGCCAUCUUGCAGCCAAUAGUGAGCGAAAUUUUCUAUGCAUCAGCAGUUUCGGCAAGGUUAGGCAUAGGACAAAGCUGUGACCAUGGCUAAGCCUAAUGACAAAAAGAGACCAGGAGGAAGUUCUGAAGGCAUUAGCAAGGCUAUCACUCCAACAAAGAAAAAUAAACCCAUUGCAAACAGCCCAAAAUCAAAACCCAAGCAUAAUGGAUCUGCAAGAAAGCACCUACCUGCAAAUGCACAAGAGCCACCAGUGCCCAAGCCUGUUAGCAAUGAGGACAUAUCAUCCAACUGGAAAUCAUUCCUUCAGGUGGCAGCCGCGUCGCCGGCCGAGCCGGAGCGGCGGCGGGCGCGCGCGCGCGGCCUGGCGCGCCGCGGCUGCUCCUGCCCGCCGCCCGUCUGGUUCGACGGCGUCGACCCGGCCCUGCUGCACGACGACCGGCCGCCCUGCUCCUUCUGCCUGAAGCAACGCGAGCGGGAGCGCCCGGCCGAGCGGCCCAACGAGCAGGAGGCGCCGCCGGCCAAGCCCAAAGCCCGGCUGCCGUCCCACUACAUCGCCAUGGACUGCGAGAUGGUGGGCGUCGGCCACAGCGGCCAGGAGAACAUGCUGGCGCGCGUGUCCAUCGUGAACUCGCUCUGCCAGCCCAUCUACGACAAGUUCGUCAAGCCCAUGGAGCGGGUGACCGACUACCGGACGUCCGUCUCCGGCGUGCGGCCCAAGGAUCUCGUGAACGGCGAGUCGUUCGAGGUGGUGCAGAAGGAGGUGGCGGCGCUGCUGAAGGGUCGCGUGCUGGUCGGCCACGCGGUCUACAACGACUUGCGGGUUCUGCUGCUGAGCCACCCCAAGAGGCACACCCGCGACACGUCCAGUUACAAGCCUUUCCGGCGCAUGUUCAAUGGAAGCAUACCAAGCCUGAAGAACCUAGCUCACAAGAUUCUGGCGGUCGACAUUCAGAAGGGCGAGCACGACUCGGUGCAGGACGCCCGAGCCACCAUGCAGGUGUACCAGACGCACCGGCGCGAGUGGGAGGCGGCCCUGGCCGAGCGACACCGGCAGCGUUCGGGUCGGCCGGCCUGACCUGGCGCCGAGGCAGGGCAGGCCAGGGUGCCGCUCGCGGGCCUCUCCAGUGUGGCGAGUUCCGCUGGGCAGGAGAGGCCCAGGCAGCAGCGGCAGAGGUCGGGCGGGGCGGUGGACGUCCGGGUCUUCCAGGCCGUAUGUCCACGCGCCCCCGGACGAUGUCAGCUCGUGGUCGGGCGGCCGACGCCUGACACAGGGAAGACCAUGCGACGGUCUGUAUUGGGGUAGUGGUCGUGUACAUGCAUAUGACCACAAGCGUAUUGGUGUUCCGUCCUGACGUCGACCCCGUGUGUCGCCCCCCCCCCCC